CUCGUCACGCGCCGACACACGUACGGCAAGAUGUACGAGCUGGAGGUAGAAAACCUGAAGCGCUUCAGCGGAUACAUAGCGCAAAUAAUCCGGCCGUCCAACAUGAGGGGAUUCAUGUCGCUUUAUUUGGACCCAGGAGAGAUGGAGAGGAUCCUGUCAGAAGAGAGAUCAUCAGUGACCUGUGCUGCAAAGAUGCUUCUGGAGAAGAUGUGGACACUUCAAGAGCAAGGCUGGUUCCGGUCAUUCCUGGAUCACCUCCUAGCAGGAGAGUAUACUGGACUUCACAAGGCCAUCGAAGAGUGGAAUUUUGAAAAAAUUGAGCAAAUGACUCCUCACAAGAAACUAUUGGAGCGAAUUGAAGCCUCCUUCACGAAUCAGAUAAAGCCCGUUGAAAUUUUGACUUACAUGACCGAAUGCUUUACUCCUCGCGAAUGCGAAGAAAUUAGAGCGACUGAUGAACAAAAAGGACACAUUGCUGCAUCUGAGAAGCUCACUGAGUGUUUGAAAAGAUCAGACAAAUCCAACUGGUUCAAGCUCCUGAUUCUGGCUUUGCAGAGAUGUAAUUAUGACACUGCACUUCAGUUACUGGAUCCGGAAACAGAUGGGAAUAAAGCAGUGCAGGAGAUCGAUAUGAGCGAAGAAGUCAGAACUCUCAGUUUCCAGUAUAAAGAAGAAUCUGAUGUGAAUAGUCUUGUCAAGUCCGCUAAUCAUAUAAUUCACGCUAAGAAUGAAGCAGAAGCAGUCCUGGAUGCUGAGUUGGGCCCCUCCAAAACCAAGGGACAGAAGAUACUGCGAAACUACCAGAGGGAGCUGGCCGAGCCUGCAUUUGAUGGAAAAAAUACAAUAGUCUGUGCUCCCACAGGCUGUGGUAAGACCCUUGUCGCUCUUGCUAUCUGUGAAGACCAUCUGAAGACCAGACGUGAAAAGAAUGCUAAAAUUGUCUUCCUGGCUACCAAAGUGGAGGUGUUUGCCCAACAGCUCAAAGAGUUUUCUGACUACUUUAGUAGCACCGAUGAUGAUGUCAGGAUUAGAGGUAUUUGCGGUGACAUGGAUGAGAAAACCCCCAUGAAAGUGAUUGCAGAGAACAAUGACAUCAUUGUGCUGACACCCCAGAUUUUACUGAAUGCCCUGAAUAAGGGAGAACUUCCAUCUCUCUCCAUUUUCACUUUAUUAAUAUUCGAUGAGUGCCACAACACCACGGGAAAGCAUCCAUACAAUAUGUUGAUGGCCAGUUACCUGGACUCCAAAUUAAAUGAGAGAGGAGAACCUCUUCCACAGAUUGUAGGUCUGACAGCUUCUGUGGGUAUUGGCACCUUCAAGAAUCAGCAGGAGGCUGAAAAUAAUAUCUGUCAGCUCUGCGCUAACCUUGAUGUCACAGUCAUCUCAACAGUCGAGCAAAACAAAGAGGAGCUUAUGUCUUUUGUGCAUAUUCCUGAAAAAGACUUCUAUGCUGUGGAAAAGCGCCCAAAUGACCCUUUUGUUUCUAUCAUAAAGGACAUCAUGUCCACUAUAGAAAGUCAUGCCAGGAGGACAUAUGACAUAGAAUCGCUGUCCAACAUCCCACACAACGAGCAGGGCACGCAGAAAUAUGAGCAAUGGAUUGUGGAUGUGCAAAAGAAGUGUUGCGUCCUACAGAUGGAUGACAAGGAGGAAGAGAGCAGGGUGUGCAGAGCUCUCUUCAACUACACUGAACAUCUGAGGAAAUACAACGAUGCACUCAUUAUUAAUGAGGAUGCUAGAACUAAGGAUGCUUUAAAUUACUUGGAUUCCUUCUUCCAACAAGUCAGACAGGCUGGAUUUGAUGAAACUGAGCAGAAGUUAACCGCCUACUUUGAUGCCCAGCACAAGCAUCUGAAUGAUCUGUCCCAGAGAAUGGAUGGAGAAAAUCCCAAGCUAAAGAGGCUCAUUUACAUUUUGAAUGAGUUGUACCGACUUAAUGACAAGACUCGCACCUUGCUCUUUGUCAAGACCAGAGCCCUUGCAGAGGCUUUGAAAAACUGGAUUGAAGAAACAGAAUCCUUAAAAUACUUGAAACCUUCUAUUUUAAUAGGCAGGAAAACUGACACAAAGGGCUUUGGAAUGACACCGACAUCCAAGAAGGGAGUAUUGGAAUCAUUCAAGAGCUCAGAUCACAGCAACAUUCUCAUUGCCACCUCUGUGGCAGAUGAAGGCAUUGACAUUCCUCAGUGCAAUCUCGUCCUCAUGUAUGAGUACAUAGGAAAUGUGGUCAAAAUGGUACAGGUCAGAGGUCGGGGACGGGCUGAAGGCAGCAAGUGUAUCUUUGUUUCCAGCAAAACCGAGUGGGUUGAAAAGGAGAAGCUCAACAUGCACCAGGAAAAAAUAGUAGAUGAAGCAGUUGCUAAUUUGCAGCAGUCCAAGGAUCUAAUGCUGACAAAGAUUGCAGUGUUUCAGAAGGAGGACAAGGCCAAGCGUGAUUAUAUCAAGUCAAUUCCUGUAAGACCACGAGAUGAAGACCGCUAUAGACUUGUUUGCAGCAAGUGCAAACAAUUUGCCUGUUUCUCUGAUGACUUGAGACUCUUGGAGGAGUCACAUCACAUUGUUCUGGACAGAAGGUUUUUUGAACGAUGCCAAACGAAGCCCCACGGUAAACCCAUAAGCUUCUUGGGAAUCACAAAGAAGAUGAAAGUGUUCUGUGGGUUGUGCAGACAUGACUGGGGACUAACUGCCACCUACAUGAAUAUCGACGAUCUGCCGCUGAUCAAGGUCAAAAGUUUCGUCUUGGAGAACUGCGCUACCAAACAGCAAUACAAAUGCACAAAAUGGACGGAGGUUCCGUUUUCCAUAAAAACAUUUGAUAUCGCAGAGAUAGAGAGCCUCUAACUUCAUGAGCAAAAAUUUCACUUAUAGGUUAAUCUGACAGUCUCUGUUGUUUUUGUCAUGUUUGUAUUUUAAUGUCAAUUCUCAAACAGGAAUAGGAUUGAAUUUUACUGACAGCCAUUGGGCUCGCAAAGUAGUAUACACAUUUCCCAGAAAUGCCAUUAAACUGUAAUAGAUUUAGUGGUUGAUUUUGAAAAUCUAGUUGUAGUGCAGAGAACUUCCUCACAUAAAAUUCAUCUAUAAAUAUUGUAAACGUUUGCCCUUGUGCUCCAUUUACCCUAUAUGAAUGCUCUUUUUCUCAGUGUGCUAUGCUCCAGUUCUGUUCUUUUAUCAUGUUAAAAAAAGAAAAAUUCAAUCUUUGAAAAUGGUAUAGAGCGUCUUAAGACUGUAAGAGCGCAGGUAUGUAUAUUUCUACUGUUGCACAGCAUUUUUACAUUACUAUUUUUAAAGUUCAUUUACUGUAUGUAUGCAGGUAUGUUUACAUAUCUGUUUUACUCUCUUUGACC